AUGGAGACAAACGGCUCGGCCAGGCACGCCGCGACGGGUCUCUGGACGCCGUCGAGCUGGAAAGCCAAACCCAUCGUGCAGUCCGUCCAGUACAGCGACGUCAAGUCCUUCGACGCCUCGGUCCAAAAACUAAACACCCUGCCACCGCUGGUCACGCCGCGGGAGAUUGUCAAAUUGAAGAACGAGCUCCGUGAGGUCGCGACGGGGAACGCCUUCCUCCUCCAGGGAGGCGACUGCGCCGAACUGUUCGACUACUGCACCCAAGACAUGAUCGAGGCCAAGGUCAAGCUCCUCCUCCAGAUGUCGCUGGUGUUGAUCUACGGCGCCAAGAAGAAGGUCGUCCGCGUGGCGCGCAUGGCCGGCCAGUAUGCGAAGCCGCGCUCCUCCCCGACCGAGGUCGUCAACGGCGUCCCCAUGCCCAGUUUCCGCGGCGACAUCCUGAACAGUUACGAGGCGGACCCGGCCUUGCGAGAACCGGACCCCAAGAGAAUGGUCGACGCGUACUUUCACUCGGCCGCGACACAGAACUAUCUCCGCGCGGCGCUGGCGAGCGGACUGGCCGAUCUGCAUGCGCCGCUGGACUGGAGUCUGGGCCACGUGCGCGAUCCGACCGUGCGAGACAAAUACCAGGUCAUCGUGGAGCGGAUCACGGACACGCUGGACAUGAUGCGCACCAUCGGGCUGGACACGGGCGGCGGGCUGGAGACGGUCGACCUGUUCACGUCGCACGAAGGCCUCCUGCUCGAAUACGAACAAUCCCUCACCCGAAAAUUCAAACAUCCUCCCAACCACCACCAAGACCAAGCCGCCGCCGCCGCCGCCACCGCCCACCACCGCCCUUCCUCCCCGGCCACCACUCACAAAAACCUGUCCAAGACGCGCAAGACGUCCUUGCCGACACAGCUGCCCCCGCCCUUGCCCCCGACAAAGGGCUACUACGACACGUCGGCGCACAUGCUCUGGAUCGGCGACCGCACGCGGCAGCUCACGCACUCGCACGUCGAGUUCUUCCGGGGCAUCGCCAACCCGAUCGGCGUCAAGGUCGGUCCCAGCAUGCCACCUGCGGAUCUCGUCCCGCUCCUCGACAUCCUCAACCCGGAGCACGAGGUGGGCAAGAUCGUCCUCAUCACCCGCUACGGCUGUGACAAGAUCGCCGCGCACCUCCCGGCCCACAUCCGCGCGGUGCAGCAGUCGCGACACCACGGCACCGUGGUGUGGCAGUGCGACCCGAUGCACGGCAACGGGCGCAAUGCCACCGUCAGUGUUCCUACCCCCAACUCAUCAUCAUCGCCAUCGUCCGCAGACGCAGCAGGAACACCCGGCGGCGCCACCACGACCAUCAAGACGCGCCGCUUCUCCGACAUCCUCAGCGAACUGCACCAGGCUCUCCAGAUCCACCGCGCCCACGCCUCGUACCUGGGCGGCGUCCACCUCGAAUUGACGGGCGAGGCCGUGACCGAGUGCAUCGGCGGCGCCGAGGGCCUGACCGAGGAACACCUCAGUCUCAACUACGCCACCUUUUGCGACCCGCGCCUCAACGAGAAGCAGGCCCUCGAGCUGGCCUUUUUAGUCGCGGGGUUUUAUCGCGAUGCUUCUUCCUCCUCCGCUGCGGCGGCGUGA